UUUAAGGGAAAAUGGACAUCAAACAGUUAUUGUUAAGCAUUAUUUUGACUGUUUCGGUGGUCAAUGGACGGGGUCGACGGAUCAAUAUAUAUGGUGCUGAAAAUGGGAAAAGCGAUAUAGUUCAACUACGGGGGCCUGCAGAGCAACUAGUUUAUAGUUCACCAAUACGGGAAAGGAGGCCCAUAUUUCGAAAUGCUCUUCUAUCAAACUCACCUUUACGAUGGAGCAAAAUGCAGGAUUUGGAUGGAAAUUAUCUAAUUCCAUAUGUUAUAUCGGGCAAUUAUGAUACUGUCGAAAGAGAUACAAUCAAAACUGCAAUGGAAAAGAUUGCAAAUAAUACAUGUAUUCGAUUAAUUCCGCGCACGAAUCAACCUGAUUAUGCAGAAAUUAAUAACAAAAAGGGUCAAGGAUGUUAUGCAAGUAUUGGUAGAUUUCCUGGAAAGAAUGUUGUGAUGUUGGAGAGCAAUGAUGAUCAAUCAUGCAUUCAAGAAGAUACAGUAAUCCAUGAGUUAUUUCACGUUAUUGGCCUGUGGCAUGAACAUAUGAGAGCUGAUAGAGAUGCUUUUAUUAAUGUUCUCUAUAAAAAUAUUGAGCCUGCACAAUAUCCUCAAUUUGAGAAGUUGUCAUCUCGUGAUGCAACUACUUACAGUGUUCCAUAUGAUUAUAAUUCUGUAAUGCAUUAUGAUGAGAAUGCUUUUGCAAAACCAGGAAAGAUUAGUAUGAUGACAAAGGAUUCAAAAUUUCAGAAAGUUAUUGGUCACCCCAAAGAUGCUUCUAGCAAUGACUAUAAGAAAGUGUGUGCAAUCUAUCAUUGUUCCAAAUGUAUGCAUCAAGAUUUCCAACAAAUUGUUGAGCAAGAACAUAUUGAGUUGAAUAAUCCAAUUAUUACAAAUGCACCUGUACAACAAGGAGAUUCGUGUACAGAUCGGUUAGGAAUAUGUCCAAUGUUGAAAUCAAGAGAAAUGCUUAAUUGUAAAGUAAUGGCUACAUUUUGUUGUUCUUCAUGUUCUGCACCAACAUCUACAACAACUACAACAUCUGGAACUCCAUCCGAUGGAUCACUUUGGCAAAGAAUCAAAUCGAUUUUUCAAUAAUUUGAUCCGAUGAUUUUAAUUUAUCAUAUUUUUUUCAACGGUAUUUGUAUAAAUAAUGCCCCAAAUUAUU